AUGGAGCAGCUAUCAGAUGAAGAAAUUGACCAUGGUGCUGAAGAAGAUAGUGACAAGGAAGAUCAAGACUUAGACAAAAUGUUUGGAGCUUGGCUUGGGGAGCUAGACAAACUUACUCAGAGUUUAGAUUCUGACAAGCCCGUGGAGCCGGUAAAAAGAUCUCCUCUUCGCCAGGAAACAAACAUGGCCAAUUUUUCUUAUCGCUUCUCCAUAUACAACUUGAAUGAAGCUCUGAAUCAGGGAGAGACUGUGGAUCUGGAUGCCCUGAUGGCCGAUCUUUGCUCUAUAGAGCAGGAGCUCAGCAGUAUCGGUUCAGGAAAUAGUAAGCGUCAAAUCACAGAAACAAAAGCUACUCAGAAAUUAUCUACUAGUCGGCAUACAUCAAAACAUGGCACCUUGAAAGGAUUGUCUUCUUCGUCUAAUAGGAUCACUAAACCUUCACAUGCCAACUACUCUCUGGAUGACAUCACUGCACAGUUAGAACAGGCCUCUCUGAGCAUGGAUGAGGCUGCUCAGCAGUCAGUGCUGGAAGAGACCAAGGCCUUAGUAAGCAACCAGCACAGAAGAACAGCAUCCGCAGGCACCGUGAGUGACGCUGGCGUGCGCUCUCUCAGCAGCUCCUCCCGUUCCAGCGUCACCUCCGCAGCCUCUAGUAUGGACUCUUUGGAUAUGGAUAAAGUAACACGCCCUCAAGAACUGGAUUUGACACAUCAGGGACAACCAAUUACUGAGGAAGAACAGGCAGCAAAACUGAAAGCCGAGAAGAUCAGAGUUGCCCUAGAGAAGAUUAAAGAGGCGCAAGUGAAAAAGCUGGUGAUUAGAGUCCACAUGUCUGAUGACAGCUCUAAAACAAUGAUGGUGGAUGAGAGGCAGACAGUGAGACAAGUCUUGGAUAACCUAAUGGACAAAUCUCACUGUGGUUAUAGUUCAGACUGGUCGCUAGUAGAAACCGUCUCUGAGUUACAAAUGGAGAGAAUCUUUGAAGACCAUGAAAACUUGGUUGAAAAUCUUCUCAAUUGGACAAGAGAUAGCCAAAACAAACUUAUAUUUAUGGAGCGUAUAGAAAAAUACGCACUUUUCAAAAACCCACAGAAUUACCUUCUGGGGAAAAAGGAAACAGUUGAGAUGGCAGACAGAAACAAGGAAGUGCUGCUGGAGGAAUGUUUUGGUGGAAGUUCUGUAACUGUACCAGAAAUCGAAGGAGUCCUUUGGUUGAAAGAUGAUGGCAAGAAGUCCUGGAAAAAGCGUUAUUUUCUCUUGCGAGCAUCUGGUAUCUAUUAUGUCCCCAAAGGAAAAGCAAAGGUCUCUCGGGAUCUUGUGUGUUUUCUCCAGCUGGAUCAUGUCAAUGUUUAUUAUGGCCAGGAUUAUCGAAACAAAUACAAGGCCCCUACAGACUACUGUCUGGUGCUAAAGCACCCACAGAUCCAGAAGAAAUCACAGUAUAUCAAAUACCUUUGUUGUGAUGAUGUGAGAACCCUACAUCAGUGGGUCAAUGGUAUCCGCAUCGCAAAGUAUGGGAAGCAGCUCUACACGAACUAUCAAGAAGCCAUGAAGAGGACAGAGUCAACUUACGAUUGGACUUCCUUAUCCAGCUCCAGCAUUAAAUCAGGAUCUAGUUCUUCUAGCAUCCCAGAGUCCCAGUCAAAUCACUCUAAUCAGUCUGAUAGUGGAGUUUCUGACACCCAGCCAGCAGGACACAUCAGGUCCCAGAGCGUUGUGAGCUCCAUCUUUUCUGAAGCCUGGAAACGAGGCACUCAGUUAGAAGAGUCCAGCAAGGCCAGAAUGGAGUCUGUGAGCCGACCCUACACUUCACUUAUGCCUCCCUUAUCCCCACCCCCUAAGAUAGUCGCCCCCUACUCGGCUUCCCAGCCUUCUCCGCCCCUGCCUCCUCCGCCACCCCCUACCCCCGGUUCAGCUAUGGCCCAGCUGAAGCCGUGUGUACCGUCGGUUCCACAGUGCAGCCCCCCACCUCCUCCGCUGAAGAUCCAUCAAGUUCAGCACGUUACUCAAGCAGCUCCUCCCACACCCCCACCACCUCCGCCCACGCCUGCACCCCUCCCUCCCCAAGCGCCCCCCAAGCCACUAGUGACCAUUCCCCUACCGACGGGCACUAAGACGGGGCCAGCUGCUGUGACGCAGGCUGUGCCACCUACACCUGUCCCUCCAGUGCCCCCCGCGAAAAAGCAGCCGGUUUUUCCUCUAUCUCACAUCCCGCCCUCGCCGCCUCCCGGUCCAGUGCCCCCUCCGACGUUGCCCAAACAGCAGAGCUUCUGUGUCAAGCCGCCGCCCUCGCCGUUGUCCCCGGGGCCGUCGGUCGUGAAGCAGAUAGCGAGCCAGUUUCCGCCUCCUCCCACGCCCCCUCCUGCGGACUCGCAGCCCUUAAAACCCGUCCCGGCGCAUGGAGCGCCCCAGUCCCCUCCUGCUGUGAAAGCAAAGCCCAAGUGGCAGCCCAGCUCCGUCCCCGUCCCGUCCCCGGAUUUCCCUCCGCCGCCGCCGGAAAGCAGCCUGGUGUUCCCGCCGCCGCCAGCCCCGGCCCCACCGCCACCACCACCACCGGCUAUCCCCACAGCUUCGCCCACGUCUGACAAGAGUGGGUCUCCCGGCAAAAAAACCGGGAAGACGUCCAGCCCCGGGGGCAAGAAGCCGCCGCCAACCCCGCAGCGGAACUCCAGCAUUAAGUCCAGCGGUUGCGCGGAGCACCCGGAGCCCAAGAGGCCCUCGGUGGACAGUCUGGUCAGCAAGUUUGCGCCGCCACCAGAGCCCUCCGGGUCUCCCAGCAAGGAGGCGCCACCGCCUCCUGCCGCACCGCCCAAACCCGGGAAACUGCACCUUCCCGGCGUGCUCCACCCAGGGGCUGUGCCGGCCAAAGCGUCGACGCCGAGCGGGCCCGGGAAGGACGCCACGCUGGAAUUUCCUUCUCCGCCCUCCGAUUCGGACUUUCCGCCGCCUCCCCCUGAGAUAGAGCUUCCUCUGCCCCCCAUAGAGAUUCCGGCAGUGUUCGCGGGAAACACUUCUCCAAAGGUAGCUGUCGUCAAUCCCCAGCCCCAGCCGUGGUCCAAAACGUCGGUGAGGAAGGCCCCGCCGCCCACACGCCCCAGACGGAACGACAGCACCCGCCUCACGCAGACGGAACUUUCGGAGCAGCCGACGUUGGCGCCACAGGUGCCCACCUCCCCCAAGUCCAGCCUUAGUGUCCAGCCUGGCUUCCUGGCUGACCUCAACCGGACACUGCAGCGGAAGUCCAUCACCCGGCACGGCUCGCUGUCGUCCUCCCGCGUGUCCAGAGCGGAGCCCACCGCCACCAUGGACGACAUGGCCCUGCCCCCGCCCCCUCCGGAGCUGCUCUCCGAUCACCACAAGGCCGGCUACGGAGGCACUCACCUGUCGGGCUAUGCAACGCUGCGGAGGGGACCCCCUCCUGCCCCCCCCAAGAGAGACCAGAACACCAAGCUUUCCAGGGACUGGUAG